AUGCAAGCAUCGAAUUCGAACACGCUCAAACCACCGGCCUCUGACCCUCCAUCCCCGUCAUCGGAUGGCGGGGCAAAAUCAUCGAGGACGAGCUUCGAGACGUUCGCGAGUCUUAAUGCCCAAGGGGCGUUCGCCUUGAACCCGUUCCUCGGCAGUCAGCUUGGUCCCGCGAUUGGCCCAACCUUGUUCGCGUCGCUGGGAACGACAGAAGACAUACACCAUUUCGUGUUUCGAAGUGUCACGCAGAUGAUGGGAGACCAGUUGACUGCUGAAAGCAUUGUGCGAUACUAUUUCGGGACAGUCAACACAUGGUUCACCAUUGUCGAGAGGUCAGGGUUCGAGCCGCGAUUCGGGCAAAUGUGGACAGAGCCAUCCGCCGAAACUGGACUGCUAGCACUGUCAAUGCUUCUGAUUGUCCGGGCGCCGGAGGACACUCCGGGAGUGUCGAUGCAAAACAGCCUUUAUCAUUCCAUCAAGACGCUCUGCGGUCUCGUCACCGCCAAAGAGCCGCUGUCUAUACCCCUUCUCCAGGCGAACCUCCUUGUGUGCUUGUACGAACUCUGCCACUUCAUGCCACAGCAAGCAUACAUGACAUUGGGCUCAUGCAUCACGAUCAGCCGUGCAUUUGGCUGGCUCAACGAAUCUUUCUGGAGACAAGAUCAGUGGAUCGUCCGGCCCAGGGUGCUGAAGGCCUAUUCCAUCAUCUGGUGGUCUAUGAUGUUUUUGGAGAGUGGUAUACAGGCCGAGGAGCUCGGGUUUCCGCGCAACGUACCGGUGCUUGACUUCCAGGUCCCAUUCCCGGAACACCUCGACCCGUUUCUUCCCCUACCUCAAAACCAGCAAUAUGGCGGUACCACACAGAGGGAAUUGUUCAGAUUCGCGGACGAUGGAGAUGAUAAGAUCGACACCAUUGUCUAUCCCGAAGCCAAGUCGACUUCUUUGCUCAUGCAAGUACUGCAGAGAACAUCGGGACAAGGCAGUGCGGUGGGAACUUCCCGCGAGAGUCUUACAAAUGCUAUGAUGGACCAUGCUCGCCACAUCGUCUCAACACCGUGGAAGGACUCCAGCCGUUUUGCCGCUCUGAGUCUCACAUAUACCGCGAUUCUCAAGCUCAAUCACCCCUAUCUUGGCAUCGUAGGUCCUGGGGCGACAUACGACCCUAGGGAUGGAGCAGCGAUCCAGAGCACACUCCCCGUCAUCGAGUCGAUUUGCCACAGUGCAAGGCUCAUGAGUUCUUCGGGCAGCUUGUCGUUCUUGGGUCCAUUGGUACCCCCGAUGGCGUACAGCAUCUUCCUAGCCGCGAUGAUCCUCAUCAAAUUGGGAGACACAGCCAUGCACGACCCAGAAUGGCCGAGCAAAGUUCAGUUGCUUCGCAGCUGCCUCGAAAUGUUCGCGAAACGAUGGAAGAUUGCCGGCAAGUUGACGUUCGAGACUGGACAGCAUGGCCAAAGCUGA